CUUACUCUGUGGUUUUGUCAGUCAUGUCAUUAUUCUUAAAUCUUAAUCAAUUCUGUUUUGUCUAAAUUUGAUUUAUACAUUUAUUAAUUCUGUGAUUAAUUUUCUACCACAAUCUUUAUUUUCAUUCCGAAAUUUAUUUAUUUAGUUUUAAAUAAUGGAUGAUGAAAAUAGAGAUUUCGAACCUUUAGAACCUUCGUUGCGAAAUGUGAUAGAACAAAAGUCAUUAAGAUGGAUAUUCGUCGGAGGUAAAGGUGGUGUUGGCAAAACAACGUGCAGUUGCAGUCUGGCAGUUCAGUUGUCUAAAGUGAGAGAAUCUGUGUUGAUUAUUUCUACAGAUCCAGCACACAAUAUAUCUGAUGCAUUUGAUCAGAAGUUUUCAAAGGUUCCAACCAAAGUGAGGGGUUUUGAAAACCUGUUCGCUAUGGAGAUUGACCCAAAUGUUGGACUCACUGAACUUCCAGAGGAGUAUUUCGAGGGUGAAACAGAAGCAAUGAGAUUAGGCAAGGGGGUGAUGCAAGAGAUUGUUGGAGCAUUUCCUGGUAUUGAUGAGGCUAUGAGCUAUGCAGAGGUAAUGAAACUUGUGAAAGGAAUGAAUUUUAGUGCAGUUGUGUUUGACACGGCACCUACUGGACACACACUACGUUUGCUCUCAUUUCCACAAGUAGUUGAGAGAGGACUUGGUAAACUUAUGCGCUUGAAAUCUAAGGUUGCGCCAUUCAUAAAUCAGGUGGCAACGUUGUUUGGCUUGGCAGAGUUUAACUCUGAUAUGUUUAGUAAUAAAAUGGAUGAGAUGCUGUCUGUGAUCAGACAAGUAAACGCCCAGUUCAAGGACCCAAACCAGACAACAUUUGUAUGUGUGUGCAUAGCUGAAUUUUUAUCAUUGUAUGAAACGGAACGCUUAGUUCAAGAGCUAACGCGAUGUGGCAUAGACACACAUAACAUUAUUGUCAAUCAGCUGUUAUUACGCACUUCUGCACCAUGUGAGCUUUGUGCCGCUAGGCAUAAGGUACAAGAGAAGUAUUUAGAACAAAUUGCUGAUUUGUAUGAGGAUUUCCAUGUGACAAAAUUACCUCUACUAGAUAAGGAAGUACGCGGCGCUGCGGCUGUCAAUGCCUUUUCAGAGUAUUUGAUUAAACCUUAUGUACCACCAUCUAAUACAUGAAAAUCUCCAUUGCAUUUCACUGCGAACCCAUAAAAAUAAUGAACAUAGAAUUAUUAUUAUUCCAAUCAUUUAUAUUUCUCUGUGUAAAGUAAUAUAUCUGGGAAGGCUUUUAUUUUCACUAAAAGGUGCUAUUCACAUAAGAGUAUGCCAAUUUUUGUGAUUAAUCAUUUCAAUAAGAAAUAAAUAAAUUCUUUAAAUUUGUGAAUUGUUUUCCAAAUAAUAAAUGUAAUAUAUGUGA